UUACGAACGGGCUUAUUUUUGUAUAAAGGGUUCAAUUAUUGUGUAUAAACAAGUGUCCGAAGAGAAUAACGAAAUCUCAAUGUCAUUCGUACGUUGUCUAGGUACUUUCGAAUUUCUAGGUUGCUUGUACAUUAUUGACUAUAAUUUGAAGUGAAAAUUUACCUUGAUUUUAACGUCGUUUAAAUAACGUUGUCUAUAGUUUGAUUGCCUACAGAUAAAAUGUGUACUCAUAUUUGUUUUUUAUUCUUUCAAAUAUGAUAAGAAUUCAGCAUUUGCUAAGUAAGUCUCUAAAAUCUUGUUUAAGGGAAGAGAUUACUUUGAACUUUAAAACUUGUGAAACAUCAAGAAUUUUAACAUAUUCUUUAACAUCUUCAGUAAGUGUUAAACACUAUUGUACAAGAAUGUCGUUUGCCCCAUCGAUGCAAGCAAACACAAAUACUUUGAAAUUUCUUGAUUAUGAUUGUGUUGGAUUUGACUUAGACAAUACACUCUUACGUUAUAAUGUGACAAACUUAGUACAUUUGAUGUAUGAAACUUUAGCUAAUUAUCUAGUAACAGAAAAAGGAUAUAGUACAAAAUAUUUAUCAAGGCCAUUGAAUGACAAAGACUUAGAUUUCAUGCAAAAAGGAUUGUUCUUUGACUUUGAAAGAGGAAAUAUACUUAGAAUAAGUGCAGAUGGAAUAAUUCACAGAGCUUGUCAUGGAACUAGUUUAUUAAGUGUGGAAGAAAUUAAAGAAAUAUAUUGUGAUCAAAAAUGGGAGGCUACAGAUGCCUUUUGCAAUGAUAUGUUGUCAACAUGGAAUGGUCCGGUAUCUAUGAAAAUGAGAAGUUCGUUAGACUACUUUGACAUGUCAUCAUCUCUUGUUUUUGCAAAAUUAAUAGACACUCUUGAUGAAGAACAAGGUGGACCCUUGGAUGUCUAUAACGUUUGGCCUGAUAUGUUAGAUGGAUUAAUUGAAAUGUACAACAAGGAUCAUUUUAAACUAGAUAGAGGGUGCUUCUUUCAUGGUUUAACAAAAGAUCCUGUUAAAUAUUUACGUAAAUGCAGUUCAGAAACUAUAUCUUGGAUUCAGGAGCUAAAGAAACAACGUGUUACUUUUCUUAUUACUGGAUCAAAUAUUGAUUUUGUUGAUUUUACUGCUACCUAUGCUCUUGGAGAAGACUGGAAAUCUUUAUUUGAUAUUAUUAUUUGUUAUGCAAGAAAGCCUGGCUUUUUUACAGAUGAACGUCCAUUUCUUGAACUGACAAAUUAUCAAGAGGGUGAUGUGGUAGAAAGUAAAGAUUUGAAACAGGGUGGGAUAUAUAGCCAGGGUAAUUGGAAAGGACUUGUUAAAUUUCUUGGAUGUCUAUCAAAAAAGAGUAAUCCUCGUUGUAUAUAUAUUGGUGAUAAUCUUGUACAAGAUAUUUAUGUACCAAAUGCACGUGUAGAAUGUGAUACAGUGGCUGUAAUAGAGGAACAAAUGUCUGAAGGAAUGGUUCAUCAAAGAUUAUCACAUCCAGAUGAAAAAAUAUUAAAUUCAACAUUUUGGGGUUCUUAUUUCUGUUUAAAAGAUUCUAAAGUUAAUGUGGAUUCGUUAUGGGGGUUUACUAUAAAAAAGUAUGCAAAACUUUGCAUACCUGAGAUAGAUUUAAUAACUCAACAGCCAUUAGGGGAAUCUUAUCCAUGUUUUAGUAAAGAUGGAAAGAAUUAUGAUGGAUAUUAUCCUGCUGUACCGCUCAGUAUAUCAACAUUUUAAGCUCUUAAAUUUCUUUGAGAUAUAAAGAUUGUUUAUUGAUGUGCUAUUAUAUGUGUACUUUAUAUGUUUAUAUAAUGUACUCUUAAUUUAAGAUACGUAUUAUACCAGCUAUAAAGGAACAGUUACGACAUUUGUACAACCAAAAGAAGAUAGUAAAAGAUGAUAAACGAACUUUUAAAAUGAAACGUUCGGAGCAAAGACAACAAGAAGGGCGUGCGAUGGUAGAGAAGAUUUUG